AUGGAGUCUUUGCAAUGUGUAUCUUCCAAAUACAUGUGUCAUCCAUGGAGAACUGUGACUCAUGAGGUGAAUUGUCCGGUGAGAGUGCUGCCUACAACGUUUAAUGAUAGUUUUAACAGAUUCGAAAUAGCCCACUACAUCCAUGCUGCAAAUCGAGUUGCUGAGACUGUUCCGGUUGGAGGUCCAAUGUCGUGUCUGAUGAAAAUACCACAGAACAUUCAGCUGCUUUUCGAGCUCAAUGUGCCGACUACGUUGGAGCGGAAAUCGAUCGGAGUUGUGAUCGGUGUAAACCACAACUACCGUCACAUCUUCAUCGGUUUUCGCUCCACCAACGACUUAUUUCAAUUAAUUGCUCAAUACGUCGUCUUCACAAUGGGUUGGAUGGAAGACUUUCCGUUAGGCGGGAAGAUGGUCGCGAUCUACGUUCAAAUCUACAAAGAUAUUCUCAAUUUCGGAUUUGACGCCUCUUUGGAACAAGCGGUUUCUCUGUUCCCAACUUAUUCAUUACUGGUUACCGGACACUCGCUGGGUGGAGCCAUGGCUACAGUAUUCAGUCUCCAUGUUGCUCUGAGGUACCCUCUGAAGCCAGUUAGCUUGUAUGCUUGGUCGGGACCGCGAAGUGGGGAUGAGACAUUUGUGAGGAUGCUUAGGGAGCAUCUCACCGAACAAUACCGUGUGGUCCGAGACGGUGACCCCACUCCAGACUUCCCAUUGAGAGUAUCCCAGACAGUACCCACACCACAUCAUAACACGUUUGAAGUGUUCUACCCGACACAUAUGACCACGGAUAACUAUAAAAUAUGUAAUCAGGCAGAAUCGGAGACAUGUCUGAAGGGGUCGUGGUGGAAAACGUUUUUCUCCCAUAUUUUCAUGUUUGAUAUGAACUUUUUAAAUCAUCAGAGAAUGGGAUAUUGUAACGAAUGA